AUGACAGAAAAUAAUUUAACAACAUCAAUUAGACAGAGAGGAUAUGGAAGAGAUUUCUUUCAACAAGAAUCACCAAGACUAGGUAAUCAAUACUUGGAAGACAGCUAUCUCUUGGAGUUACUUCCACGUGUCGUACCUGAAAAGGUGUACGAGCAGAUUAAAGGUGACUUAACGCGCUUUGGUGACCGUGUCAUGGGAGAUAUUCUCCAAUACGGUCGUGCAUCUGAAGCCAAUCCACCAAAGCUUGUGCAGUAUGAUGCUUGGGGACGUCGUGUAUCAAAGAUUAUUGUAGACGAGGGAUGGAAGAUACUACAGGAUAUCAGUGCUCAAGAGGGUCUUGUUGCCAUCGGUUAUGAACGUCCUGUGCAAGAGUACAGUCGUCUCUACCAAUACCUCAAGGUCUACUUGUUUGCAUGUAGCUCUGCUGUCUUUGACUGUCCACUCUCCAUGACUGACGGUGGUGCUCGUCUCUUGGAACUCUAUGGUGACAAGGAAAUGAUGCAAGGUCCAUUCAAACAUUUUACUACAAGAGAUCCAAAGAAUUUCUGGACUUCUGGUCAAUGGGUAAAGUAUACUGAAAUGACUGAAAAGACAGGUGGAAGUGAUGUAGCAAAUUCAGAGACUAUUGCAGUUGGAAAGGGUGAUGGAAAGAACUAUGACAUUAGCGGUUACAAAUUCUUUACUUCUGCAACUACUGCCAACAGUGCUAUUUUAUUGGCACGUGACAAGGAAUCUGCUGAAAGUGGGUUCCGUGCCGAGGGAUCAAGAGGAUUAUCAGCUUUUUACAUUAACAUUCGUGACAAACAAGGCGAGUUGAAUAACAUUAUCAUCCACAAGCUCAAGAACAAGUUUGGUACCAAAGCAGUGCCAACAGCAGAGUUGGAACUCCUCGAGACUCCAAGUCGUUUGAUUGGUGCCAAGGGUCGUGGUGUGCCAGUCAUUGCCUCUAUCCUCAACAUUACUCGUAUCCACAAUGUCAUCCACUCUGUUGGUACUAUGCGUCGUAGUGUUGCCAUUGCUCGUGACUUUGCUCAUCGUCGUAUGGUAUUCUCUAGCAAGUUGGCUGAAAACAAACUCUAUCUCUCUACCUUGGCCGAGAUGGAAAUUGAAUUGCGUGCCGGUAUGCAAUUCUUCCUCGAUGUCACCAUCCUAUUGGGUAAAAGUGAAUGUCUUGCUAAAAAUGAUCAAACUGAAUCUUUACUUCGUAUCUUAACACCAUUAUCAAAACUUUAUACUGCUAAACAAAGUAUAACAGUAGCAAGUGAAGUUAUGGAAUGUUUAGGAGGUACUGGAUAUAUGGAAGAUUCUGAUAUUCCAAGAUUAUUUAGAGAUACUCAGGUAACAUCUAUUUGGGAAGGAACCACCAAUGUUUUGUCGAUGGAUGUUUGGAGAUCAAUCAAGACACAUAAAUCUUUAGAUGUCAUGUUGGAUGUCGUCAAGAAUAGAAUCAAUGUUCCAUUCCCAGAGAUUCUUGCCUUUUCACACAAGGUGAUCAAUGAUAGUUUAAAGCAAGUUGAAGAGAUGGCCAAAAAGGUGACUGUCGACGGUGACAUUGAAUUUGUUGAAUCCAAUGCCAAAAAGUUUGCAUUCUUUGUGUCACAAGUUUACAUUGCAUCAUUAUUCUUUGAACAUGCCCUCAAGAGCAAGCGUACCAACAAUAUCGAUGCUCAUGUCUCCAACAGAUGGUGUUUUACCAAACUUCAAGGAUCAAGAUCCGAUAGUUCAACAGUCUCUUUUGCUGAAGCUGACCAAGAAUGGCGUGAAAUCGACAGAAUUUUGGCACUUGACAUUGAUGAUCAAGGUAAUGCUCGUGGUACCGGUGAUCAUUCAACAAAUCCAAUUAAUCUUGGUACUUUAAGAGCAAGAUAUUAA